UUCACUUCUAUGAUCAUAUACAACAAUGAUAUCAUCAAAAUUCACCCUACCUUUUUUUUUUUUUGACAUCCAAGUGUUUGAUUACCUUUCCUGGACCAAUAAUGCCGUGUCGGCCAUUAAUACCGUGUGGGCCUAAACCCAAUUUGCCAACAACUUCCAACGGGUUGGCAGUCUGAAGUUUGAAAAUAUAAAGAGAAGGACAAAACAUUCACAGUUAAAAGAAAAGAAAACGACAAGAUAACAAGUGGAAAGAUUCCCGGAUGGUAUUAACAAAACCGGUUGCAGACUAAUAUAUGUUGCACCAAAACUAAUUGCUCUGAGUUUCAGAUUGCAUGCUCAGAACUCCUGUUAAUCUGCUAUUGAGAUCUUUCCUACAUUUAAUUUCCUCACAACACAUGGCGGAUCUGGUGGGUGGACCUUUGCUCUCGGCCUCACUUCAGGUGCUGUUUGAGAAGUUGGCUUCUCAGGAGGUCGUUGACUUCAUCAAGGGAGGGAAACUGAAUGACGGGCUGCUCAGAAAGUUAAAGAUUAAGUUGUUGACUGCUAAUAAGGUGAUCAAUGAUGCUGAGGAGAAGCAAAUCAGAAAUCCAUCUGUCAAGCAAUGGCUUUCUGAGCUCAGAGAAGCUUCCUAUGAUGCGGAGGACCUGAUCUAUCAAAUCAAAACCGAAGCUUUGCGAUGCAAGAUGGAAGGUAAAAACGGACUGUGCAAAAGUCAGGUACGGAAUCUCUUCUCUUGUUGCUUCACUAGAUUUAACAACGUAGUGGAACCCAAACUUGUGGAGAUUCUUGAUAGACUAGAAUAUAUUGUUGAACAAAAAGAUGUCCUGGGUUUGGAAGAAGUUGUUGAGAGAAGAUCGUCACCUCGAUUACCACCAACCUUGGUAGAAGACUCUGAUGUUUAUGGAAGGGAAAGUAGCAAAGAAGCCAUUGUUGAAUUGUUGGUAUCAGAUGAUUUAGGUGGGCGUAAGAUAUCUGUGAUUCCCAUAGUCGGCAUGGGUGGGAUUGGCAAGACCACCCUUGCUCAACUUGUUUACAAUGAUCCAAGAGUGAAUAACUAUGAUCUCAAGGCAUGGGUUACUGUAUCAGAUGACUUUGAUGUUUCUACGCUAACAAAAACAAUUUUUGAGACAGUAACUACCCAAACAUGCUACGUCAAAGAUCCAUUUCAACUUCAAGCUAGAUUGAAGGAAGCAUUAGUGGGGAAAAAGUUUCUUUUUGUCCUAGAUGAUGUUUGGAAUGAGAAUUAUGAUCUUUGGAGUGCCCUAAAGAGCCCUUUUGAUUCUGGAGCUUGUGGAAGUAAAAUCAUUGUGACAACAAGAAAUGGAAAUAUAGCAUCAAUGAUGGGUACUGUUCCAAAUCAUAACUUAGAGGUAAUAUCCGAGGAGGAUUCUUGGUCAUUAUUUGCAAAACAUGCCUUUAGCAAUACAGAGUCAGGUGUGCGUCCAGAUUUAGAAGCAAUCGGUAGAAAAAUCAUUAAAAAGUGCAAAGGUCUGCCUUUAGCUUUAAAAUCACUUGGUGGUCUCUUGCGCAGUGAAUCAAGUGCAGAGGAAUGGGAAAAUGUGUUAAACAAUGAGAUAUGGGAGUUGGCUGAAAAGGAGAGUAAUAUUCUUCCUGCUUUAUGGUUGAGCUACUAUUAUCUUCCUUUUCAUCUAAAACGGUGUUUUGCUUAUUCUUCAAUAUACCCAAAAGAUUGGAGGUUUACAAAAGAAGAAUUGAUUUUACUAUGGAUAGCAGAAGAUCUGUUGCAACCCCAUAAAAGGAAGAGUUUAGAGGAUGUAGGAGAUGAGUACUUUAAUGAUUUAAUAUCAAGAUCUUUAUUUCAUCCUGAUAAGCAAUGGGAACAGUCCAAAUUCACAAGGUUUACUAUGCAUGAUCUUGUGAACGAUUUAGCAAAAUUUGUUUCAGGAGAAUUUUCGUUGAGGCUGGAUGACAACUACCCGCCUGCCCUAGUAAGAAAUACUCGCCAUAUAUCGUAUGUGAGAAGCAAGACAUAUGAAAGUACAAAAUUCGAGGAUUUAUUUGAAAAUAAAUGUCUGAGGACUUUUUUACCAUUAGAAUAUCUGCCACGUCAAUACAAUCUCAUUAUCAAAAGGAAACAGAGUCCUGUCAACUGUGAACAACUAGCGUCAACAAUGCCCUUCUUAAGAGUGCUCUCUGUACGUGGAUAUUAUAUCAGGGGGUUAGUCGAUUCAAUUAGCAAAUUGACACUUCUAAGCUACCUGGAUUUAUCUUACACUGCGCUUACAGAGCUACCUGAGACAAUAUAUACUUUAUACAAUUUGCAGAUAUUGAUGUUGGCAAGGUGUGAAUACCUGACUCAGUUGAGUGAUUCGAUUGGUAAUCUGAAGCAGUUAAGGCACUUGCAUUUGUCUUAUACUAAAAUUAAAAAUAUUCCCGAUACACUGUGCGGCUUGUCCAAUUUGCAUACACUAUUGUUGAAGGAAUGUUAUUAUCUUAAGAGAUUACCAAGCAACAUUGCAAGUCUAAUAAACUUGCGCCAUCUUGAUAUUGAAAAUUGCUCGAAUUUGGAAGGGAUGCCACUGCAAAUAUGUGAGAUGAAAGAUUUGAGAACAUUAACAGGUUUUACUGUCGGCAAACACUAUGAUGGGUGGUGCAAUAUUGGAAAAUUAGGACAGCUUCAAAAUAUAAGCGGAAAACUUUGUAUCGCUAAGAUUGGAAAUGUAGUUGAUGUGGGAGAUGUUUUGAAUGCCAAUUUGAAGGAGAAGAAGUACAUAACCGAAUUGAGUUUGGACCAGGGGGGGAACAGUCAAACGGACAAAUCAAGAGAAAUACUUGAAGGGCUCCAACCUCACAGAGAAAUUGAGAGAUUACAGAUUAAAAAUUACGGAGGCACAAGAUUUCCAGAUUGGGUAGAAGAUGAUUCCUUUUCUCAUCUAGUAGAGCUGACGCUUCGGAAUUGUAGAAAUUGUUUCGAGGUACCGACGCUUGGGCAUCUACCCUCUCUUAAAUCCCUUGAAAUCGGUGAAUUUUAUUUUGUGGAGAGAAUAGGUGAAGAAUUCUAUUCAAAUGGUUCCGCUUGUGUGGGAAGGCCAUUUAGAUGUUUAGAAUCUCUUAGCUUUUAUGAUAUGCCGGAGUGGAAGGAGUGGUUAUUUGUUGCGGCGGAUCAUAGUGAAGGUGGAGUUUUUCCUCGUCUUAAGCAGCUUUAUUUGGUAGUUUGCCCAAAGUUAAAAGCGGGAUACUUACCUAAUUAUCUUCCUUCUUUGGCAAAUCUUCACAUCUGGGAAAGUGAACAACUAGUGGCUUCACUUCCAAGGACUCAACAGUUGGACACUGCAUUUCCACGUCUUCAGCGUUUUACGAUGAAACUCUCUUCGAUGCAGUCCAUUCCAGAAAUGCCCUCAAAUUUAAAAGAACUGGAAUUUUAUAAUUGCAAUAAGCUGUUUGCACCACCCAUACAAUGGAAACUGCAAGGACUCACCUCUCUCACAACCUUGCGUAUCUGGGAAAGUGAAGGUAUGGUGGAUUACUUUCCGGAGGAGGGUCUCUUUCCUACCUCUUUGAGAACUCUUCAAUUAUUCGGACUUCCAAAUCUGAUAUCAUUAAAUGGCAAUGCCUUUCGACACCUCACAUCCCUUAAAACCCUGCAUAUUGGAGAUUGCCGUCAGCUUCAGUGUUUGCCUGAAGGUCUACCCACUUCUCUAUCUCUUUUGGAAAUCGAAAAUUGUCCACGCUUAAAUCACCGGUGCAAGAGAGAGACAGGGAAAGAUUGGCCCAAGAUUGCUAACAUCUCUCUUAUCCGUCUCAACAAUGAACCUAUAUAAUAAGCAUUCGGCAAACGUGUUGUCUCUUUUCUCUAACAUCUCGGUCCAAUUGCAUCCAGUUAUGGAAACAUAGUUGUGUUGUCAAGAUUCUUAUCGUGCAAUCGUCCAGUUUUAUCUCUUUUUUUCUCCUUGUGUGGUUUCGGAGACUACUUGAAUGGAACAGAAAGGUGAAGCAAUCACCGAAAGAAAAAUGCAACUUCCUUGUUAUAUGGAGUUAAAAGAGAUGGAAUUUAUUUGAUGUGUUAUUGUGUUUUUCCAUCUUCCAAGGAAGCACAACAGCAUUAGGAAAGAUCAUCAGCUCCGAAUUCAUCGGAAAAAAGAUUGCGAAACUUUAACUGGACAAGGCAACCAGACCUUACCAGUGGCUCCUGAAUGCCUCAAGAAGAAGUGAAAUUUCGGAGACAACGAUGGCAUAAGCAGUGCGGGAUAUCCUACGUCAAUGCCAUCUAAGGGGCGAGAGUGAAAUCUGCAUGUACUUCUUGAUGGUAUAUCUAUAUGAUCAGCAACGUCCAACAGUGUUUCUGUUCCCUCAUUUCUCAAAUUACUUCCAGGUGUCCAAUUCAAGUUCUCUCAAAUACAGUUACAAUGUUAGAAGCGGAUUAAUUUGUUAUCCAAUAAUAUUUUCCUGCUGAUUUCCACAAAGCCAAGUUUCUUUCUUCCAUUUGUUCUCAAGUUCAGUUCUAGCUUGUUCUUCACCGUUGACUGGAUUGACGAUUAUGCCAGACUUGUCUUUGAUUGCUUUAAACUUUUGUUGCAAGGUUUCUUGACUUAUUUUUCAUAGGUAAGCUUCCUGUUUAGUUUCAAAUGUAAUCUACGAUUGUUUUGUCGUAAACUUGACAAUCAAUUUCUAGGAAAUUGUAAUAUAUAUAUAUAUAUAUAUCUACAAAUUGAAUUUUCUA